GCUGUUGUGGCAGAGGAGGCAGCGAGACCGUGAGAAGGGAAAAGAAGGCGUAGCAGGGUUAGCAGCAGUGAGAAAUGAGGAAGUUCGAUCCAUGGCCUGUUUUCUUUAAGCGAGAAUGGAAUCGGAACUGGCCCUUCCUGGUUGGCUUCGCCAUCACCGGAACCCUAAUCGUCAAGUUCACCGCUGGUCUUACAGAGGAAGAUGCUAGGAAGUCUAAGUUCGUUCAGGAGCACAGGAGGUAA